AUGUAUGCGACCGACGGGCUGAUUUCAUAACGUGGGGAGGAAGAGAGGAAUGGGGCUUUGAGAGCGGAUGAGCACCAGACCCGGUCGGUUCUGUGCACCCAACGGUGUUAUCGCUAUUCCCGGGCCGUGCAGACGGUGCACUAGAGGAGAUGCGGUAGUGGAGGCUGCUGAUGCUGCUGUCCGAUCAGCUGUUUUUUUUGUCUUGAGCAUCAUCGCCGCGACGGCCAGAGAGACCCGAGAUCAAGCUCCGGAGCCAGGGGACACCGCAGACCGGAUAACGGAGGAUGGAGUUCAAGCAUCUGGUGGAGGCGGCGGAGAAGUGGUGCUCCGGGAACCCGUUCGACCUCAUAUUCGCCGAGGAGGACGACGAGAGGCGGCUUGACUUUUACGCAGAGCCCGGCGUCUCAUUCUACGUGCUGUGUCCCAGCGGCACCGACAGUUUCCACGUGUGGAGCGAGAGUGAGGACUGCCUUCCCUUCCUACAGUUGGCCCAGGACUACAUCUCCUCCUGCGGGAAGAAGACCCUGCUGGAGGUGCUGGAGAAGGUCUUCACAUCCUUCAGGCCUCUGCUGGGUCUGCCAGACAUAGAAGACGACAGUUUUGAGCAUUACCACGCCGACAUGGAGGGGGAACCGGGGCCCGACCACCAGCAGAUGGGGGUCAGCCAGCAGUGAUUCGCCCCCGGGACGAGGCCUGCGGCUGUGGGGCAGAGCUGCUCAGAAGCUCUGGGCCUCAUCGACCAAUCAGACCAAACACUUAACAACACACACAUACUUACGGCCAACUCGCUAAAAAUGCACCACCAUGUUCUUGAAUGUCUCAGUGGCUUUGCUUCCCAAAGAGUGCACUCUGUUGCACUGUGUUGACCCCCGCCCCCCCUCCCCCAACCAAACAAACACACACACACACACACACACACAUUGGGGCUAUGUGAGCCGUACCAUGUACAAUCUGGUUAGUUAAAGUUCCACAGCACAGCAAUAUUACAUCAGCCUCAGCUGGCUUUGUUAUGCAGAAAAACAGUCAGAUGUUACCGCAAUUCACCCCCCCCCCCCCCCCCCCCCGCCGUGGCUUUGGAGAUGAAUGUGACGGAUAACCUACUUCCUCAGCCUGUCUGUUGAAACAGAUGAUACACGAGAGCUAGUUUAAAGACAAAUAGGUGAAAACUGACGGUUUGUGGCCACGUGAGGCAACUGGAGUGUCGCAGAUAAAGAGAGGGAAGGAAGGCGGGUGAAGCGGCGUAAAGUUUUCCACUUCACGGAGGGAACUGAGGGACGUAUAGCUGUGACGUAUAGAUUCAGAUGGGGAAGCUCUCAAACUAUCCAGUUUCAAACACACGGUUGAAAUAGUCUAGUGGAGGUUAUAAUCAAAAGCAUUUUACACCUCACAUGGAAAUCAAAGUGUGCAGCUUUACAGUAGCAUGGAUCAUUUCUUGAGGUGCGUCUCUUGAUGUUUCUAUAAGGCAGUGCACCUCAAAGAGUUAAAAGUCACUAAAUGAGGUCGUUUUUAAUCAAUGUUACUAUCAUAUGACCAUCAAAACAAAGGCCCAUGCUGCAGCUUAAGGCCUUCCCGUUUUGGGUGUCUCAUUGUCACAUGACACCUUAGUUCUUCUGUCCCGUCGUCUUCCUGGUUGUUGGUGGUUCGCAGUUUUUCCUCCUUUCUCAGCACAAUCUAAUGAGAUACCUUCCCAGAUCUACAAAAAAGUUGAUGUUUUCAAUUUACCGGCGCCUUUCGAGGUUUCUCUUAACCAUAACCAUAAUUGAAUACGUGCACACGCAAAAUCCCUGAGUGAAAUCACAGAGGGGAGAGAAAUAUUUAAUGACGGCCACCCUUUCGCCUGCCCUGUUAUCUCUAAUCUCAGUGUGUUGUUGUAUGUCACAUCCAGUGCACUGCAAUGCUUCAUGCCUUCAACCACUCGAUCCACCCACAAGCAAGACUGUUUCAGAAGUUUCUCUUCAGCCUGUUUACUUUGGCUUGUAAAUGUUUGUCUUUUUAUUGCCUAUUUGAAUGUUUCUCAUGCGGUGUAUCUUCUGUUUGUCCUCCGAUGUGUGUGAAAUUGUUCAAUAAACCGUGUGAACUGAGCGUU